CCAGGCUGGAAUCCAAUCAAGUCAUUAGGAGGAGGUGGAGCCCGAGCCAAGUUCCCACAACUUGAUCAAAAGACAAAAAAGCAGCAGUGCUCUGAAAAAAAAAACACCAUCACAACUUUACUGUGUGAUAAGUUGUGAUGGGGCUCAGAAAGGUGGUUCUGUUCGGGUUUGCGCUUCUCCUCUCAGGUGGGAAUCCUUGUGCUGCACAAAACGUCAGCACCAAUGAGACUGAAAUCCCACAAGAAGAAAAAUUGACAGCAAGCUCACUGCUGCCGAGAUCAGCGCAGACGGCAGAUCAUCAGUCAAACCGGACGGAGCACAGUCGUCCUGUCACCCACCGCCUCAAGAUCCACCAGCUCAGGAAGCAAAAACCGCCUCUUGUGGAGCAGUUGCACACUUAUCAAAACCCGCAGAGCCCGAAGGCCAGCCGGCUGACCUCAGAGCAGCAGGCUGCAGAGUUGUUCAAACUGGCGUUUCAAGGCCCUGAUCUGAACCCGCCUGUCAAGCCAGAAUCAAAGGUGCUGGUGUUUGAGCAGAGGGUGCCUGUGCCGGCUGACAGCGUGUCAGCGCGCUGUGGCGAACGAGAGGUCACCGUAGAGGUCAAACAGAACUUCCUAGGAAACGGCCAGUUGAUCCGUCCGAGUGAUCUGACCUUAGGAGGCUGCGCCGCACUCGACACCGCUCGCGUCCUGCACUUCCAGACAGAGUUACAUGGUUGCGGCUGCAGGGUGACGAUGACUGAAGAAACCGUCAUCUACUCCUUUACUCUGAUCUACUCUCCGACACCCAUUGGCAGCACCUUCGUUUUAAAGACCAACCCUGCUGAGGUGGUAAUUGAAUGCCACUAUCGAAGGAGGCAUGAUGUGAGCAGCGGCGGCGCCGUGAGGCCUACCUGGACGCCAUUCGCCUCCAACACGCUGGCGGAGCAGCAGCUGCACUUCUCCCUGCGUCUCGUGACAGAGGACUGGCAGUCGCCGAGGCCCUCCAGUGUUUACUUCCUGAGUGACGUGAUGCACAUCGAGGCGGCGGUCCUCCGGGGUCACCACGUUCCUCUGAGGGUCUACGUGGACAGCUGCGUGGCCACCGCGAGCCCCGACCCCAACUCGCAACCCAAUUACCCCUUCGUCAGCAACCACGGGUGUUUAAGUGACGGUAAGCUGACGGGAGCCAAGUCUUACUUCAUGCAGCGGAGCCAGGAGGAUAAACUUCACUUCCAGCUGAAAGCCUUCAGGUUCCACCGAGAUCACAGGAAUUCACUCUACAUCACAUGUCGCCUGAGAGCAACAAAAGUCUCCGUUUCCAUCGACUCGCAACACAAAGCAUGUUCCUUCUUGACUGAAGCUAACAGAUGGGUAGCAUCAGGUGGAGACAAUGAGGUGUGCGGCUGCUGUGAGACCAGCUGCAGUGAGCGGAGACUGAAAAGAAGCCUUGCAGCAGAUGCUGACCUGCAGUGGGAAGAGACGGUGGCUCUGGGCCCCAUCGUGCUGGAGGAGAGCAUCCUGCUGGAGGAGCUGACCGAGCUCCAAACACAGGAAGUGACUCAAGCACCCUCCCGUUCAUCAAUAGCCCUGCUGUUUGGAGCGAGUACAGCGCUGGCGGUGGUGCUGCUACUUUUCAUGGGUGCUAUCAUUCGCAGCAGACAGUCCAAGCCCACUGGACACUUUGUUUGCACCUGAUUUAAGACAAUAAAACAUUUAUAACCCAA